AUGGCGGGUUUGCCUUCGAACCUUCGAGGCCUGCUUCAGCAGUUUGGGGGCAUGGGCGUCGGUCCACCAAAUCGGGAUCAACCGAUGGCCGACACCUCCGAGCAGGUGUACAUUUCAUCUCUUGCGCUGUUGAAGAUGCUCAAGCAUGGGAGGGCUGGAGUCCCUAUGGAAGUCAUGGGUCUCAUGCUCGGAGAGUUCAUUGACGAUUACACCGUCCGUGUCGUGGACGUAUUCUCCAUGCCGCAAUCAGGCAACAGUGUCAGUGUCGAGGCCGUGGACCCAGUGUACCAGACAGAGAUGUUGGAACAGUUGAAAAGGACAGGCCGUCCGGAGAUGGUUGUCGGCUGGUACCAUUCCCACCCGGGUUUCGGCUGUUGGUUCUCAGGAACGGAUGUAAACACUCAGCAGAGCUUUGAGCAGCUGAACCCGAGGGCUGUGGGAGUCGUCGUGGACCCGAUCCAGUCGGUCAAAGGCAAAGUUGUUAUUGACUGCUUCCGUCUGAUUAAUCCUCAUCUUCUUAUGCUUGGCCAAGACCUGCGACAGACGACAAGCAACAUCGGCCACCUUCAGCGACCGACAAUCUCCGCGCUUGUCCACGGCUUGAAUCGGAACUACUACUCCAUUGUGAUCAAUUACCGGAAAAAUGAGUUGGAGAACCAGAUGCUCCUGAAUCUCCACAAGAAUAAGUGGAACGACGCUCUGAAACUUAAGCCAUUCGACGAAAUGGCUGCGGAGAGUGCGGCGUGUACCAAGUCGAUGAAGGAAUUGUCGGAGCAGUACAACAAAAUGGUUCAAGAAGAAAUCAAAAAGACGCCUGAGCAGCUGGUGGUCGAGCGUGCUGGGAAAGUCGAUGCCAAGAAGCGACUGGAGAGUGAUGUAGACACUUUGAUGACGGAAAACAUUCUCCACUCUUUGGGCACAAUGAUUGAUACUCUCAUCUUCUGA